AUGAUUGAUGAUGAAGUAUCAGUACAAGAACUAACUGACGAAGAAAUCGUUAGAGCAGUGGAGCCAAAUCCUGAGGUUGACAAUUCUGAUGAAGUAGAAGAAGUGGAAACAGUAUAUAAUUAUCAGAUAGUUUAG